AGUCGAAGCUUAGGGGAAAAAAAGAAAGUAGUUAUUGUCGCACCUACAUGCUAGGCUCCGCCCCGGGUCACAUGAUAUGCUGUCUGACGAGGGGGCGUGGUAGGAAGUGGACUAUGAUGCCUGGCCAGUCGCUGUUGCGGGUGCUGUAUGCCAGCCUGGCAGUGAGAUGCGCUGGGACUGUCCGUUCCUCUCUGACAAUGGCCAGUAAUCAGAAAUGUCAGCAGCAGCGUCCAUAUUGUGCCAGUGAUGGAGUUGGCAGUGGUGAGGUGCAGAGAGCACAGAAAGCGCAAAGCAAUUCAGACACAAUUUUCUCCCGGAUCAUCGAUCGUUCCAUCCCAGCAGAUAUCAUCUAUGAAGAUGAACAGUGUUUGGCAUUCCGGGAUGUGUCCCCGCAGGGUCCUGUGCAUUUCCUUGUUAUCCCCAGGAAACCGAUUGCAAGAAUAAGUGAAGUGACAGUGGGUGACACACAGCUCCUGGGUCACUUGCUGGUCACCGCCAGCCACCUGGCACAGAAGGAGGGUCUGACUCAGGGCUACAGGAUUGUAAUCAAUGAUGGGAAGCAGGGGGCGCAGUCUGUCUAUCACCUUCAUGUGCAUGUAAUUGGUGGACGACAGAUGGGCUGGCCUCCAGGAUAAUCUCCAGAGCUGGAGGAAGUAGAAGACAAAAAAAAAGUGGUGUUAAUUUCUAUACAGAUUAACUAGGGUGUAUCCAAUAAACUACAUGUAGCAAUUAUUA